AAAUGUGGCAACUAAUCACAGUAAUGCUGUGAUUGUCAUGUCAUGUAUUUGAUUGUCGUGUCAAUAGUAGUAGAAAUAGUUAGCAAAUAAGAAACGAACAACAAAAUCUCUGCCGAGAAAAAAAAUGGAAGAACAAAUGAAAAUAUUAUUAUUUAUCUGUGUUGGAGCUAUACUCGUAGCCACAACAAAUGCCGAUUUCAGUACACAAGAUUGUCGUGAAUUGGGUUUCAUCAAGCCACAUUUGAUGUGUUCGUCUUGUGAUAAAUUGGAAACAUUUGGAUUAAGUGAAUUGAAAGAGCAUUGCCAUGAAUGUUGUGAGAAAGAUGAUGUGUCAUCGGUAUCAAAGCGGUUCCCAAAAGCAAUUUUAGAAGUGUGCACGUGCAAAUUCGGUGCAUAUCCACAAAUUCAAGCCUUCAUCAAAAGUGAUCGACCAGCUAAAUUCCCAAAUUUGGUCAUCAAAUAUAUGCGCGGCGCCGAUCCAAUUGUCAAACUGCUUGACGACCACGAUAAUGUCGUUGAAACUCUGUCAAUCACCAAAUGGAAUACCGACACGGUCGAAGAAUUCUUUGAAACACAUCUCGACAAAGACGAUAAAGAUUAUUUACGAACAAAUCGCAUUUAGGAACAAAUCAUGUACAUUUUAAAGAUUUUCAACAAUAAAGUAAUGUAAAAUUUAAUUAAAAA